UCGUCGCUCGGCCAGUGGCAUCCAUCCCAUCCGCUUCUGGAAUAAAUGUCUCCCGACGGUUGUGUCGGUCUAUUUGCCACCGCUGCUUGCGUGCGAUCAGAGAUCGCCGAUUGAUAACCCCUUCCGGUGAUCUUAGCGUUGGAUUCGGGUUCGUCUGCUCUUUGGCCGGGCUUGUUUAUCCGUCCGAGCACUUAUUUGCUGCGAGUCCAGUUUGCUGACGUUCCCGGAGAGGUUAAUGUUGACACUAGUACACCUUCCUGACCCAAGGCUUGUGUAACUGUUAGACUAGGAAACUUGAAGCAACGAUCAAGUAUUAAAAAGGCCAAACACAAUCCGCACCCAGCACGCAUUGAGGACAUCUGAGGAUUAUUUUCCAUCUUUUCUUUUACAAUUCAAAUGAAUCUUAAAGCAACUAGCAUUAAUUUUUUUGCAUCGUAAAAGAAACUAUGUCAAAUUAAUUAGACUUGUGUUGGACUGAUAUAGCACUCCAGUGCCGAUUUGUUGUUUUCGUGUUAAUGUAAUUUUUCCGCACGACGCGCGGCGCUCUGAGCAGUCACGUCUUGUAUACAAAGAACUGUUCUGUGAUAAAGCUACUUUUAAGCUCAAGUUAUUGUAACACGCAAUGUCCAGCGAUCCUCAGUGGAAGUCUUUCCAGCCGUCAACCAUGGACUCUGACACGGCUAUUCUGGACUUUAAGACCCUGUCAAUUGCAUCCCCCAAUGGAUCACCAUACAAUAGUGGUGCAAAUGGAAGCAGCAAUCACGGCCACUAUAAUCACUACCCACCCAACUAUAGUUCUGGUGGGGGUGGCGGAGGCGGCGGUGGUGGUAGCUCAUUUCCAAUUGGUACCUUCACUGGAAGAGAAGGUAAUGAUGGUGGAAUGAAUGGAGACUCCAAUACAAACAGCAGUAGCAGCAGCAACUCCAACAGCUUCAGUCAAGCUCAGUCGGGGCAGCAGUCACAACAGAAUAACUCUGAUGGAGCCUACCAGAAUGCUACUAGAGAGACUGGUAUCAUUGAAAAGUUGUUGCAUUCGUAUGGUUUUAUCCAGUGCUGUGAAAGACAAGCCCGCCUCUUCUUCCACUUUAGUCAGUUCAGUGGGAACAUUGAGCACUUGAAGAUUGGUGAUCCAGUUGAAUUUGAGAUGACAUAUGACCGAAGAACUGGUAAGCCAAUAGCCAGUUUCAUCACCAAAAUUGCACCAGAAGUGGUGCUCAGUGAAGAGCGUGUGACCGGAAAUGUAACAACAGAGAUAAGGUCAGAUGGGCAAGGUGGAGAGACACAGGGUCGAAUUAGUUACGAAAACAGGGGCGAGUGCUUUUUCCUUCCAUAUAACAAGGAUGAUGUAGAAGGUAAUGUGACGUUACGCUCAGGUGACAAAGUCAGUUUCCAGAUUGCUGCAAACCCCAGAGGCAACUUAGGAGCUUCACAUGUUCGCCUUGAAAACCCUGUGCAUCCUGUACGGUACCAGGGUGUAGUCUGUUCCAUGAAGGAAAGCUUUGGCUUUAUUGAAAGGGCAGAUGUUGUGAAAGAGAUAUUCUUCCACUUCUCAGAAUCCAAGAACAAAGAAGAAAUCAGACUGGGAGAUGAUGUGGAAUUUACAAUCCAGACUAGGAAUGGGAAAGAAGUGGCAUGUAAUAUCACUGUUCUACCCCGAGGUUCUAUAAUAUUUGAGGAUGUGAAUGAAGAGACGAUGAAGGGCCAAGUUUUGAAGCCUUUUGAGCGAGGCCAAAAUGGUAGACACCAGAAUGAUCCUCUACCGGGUAGAAUUAAGUAUCGUGCUCCUGACCAUUCAGAGUCUGAAGUGGCCUUUGGUGAUAAAGAUCAAAAAGGAGAUUUCACGUUGCGUCAUGGUGACUGGGUUAGUUUCCGUCUUGCUACGGACAGACGCGAUAGCCUAAAACGAGCAACAGAUAUUUCCCUCCUGGAUGAAUCUUUUAAUGUAUCUGGUGAACGCCGUGAACAAGGAGUGGUUACUGCUGUGAAAGAUGGCUAUGGAUUUUUAAAAUGUGUAGAGAGGGAACCAAAACUCUUCUUUCACUUCAGUGAAGUUCUUAAUGUUGACAAAGAUGUUUCAGUUGGUGAUGAAGUGGAGUUUACCAUGAUACAGGAUCAGUCUUCUACAUUAGUUUCAAACAUGAGGCAGCGGGCAAUACGCAUUAAGCACCUGCCCUUACAUACUGUGAAGUUUGAAAAUGUCAUGGAACAUAGUGUUAGUGGUGUAGUAACUAAAGACGUAUUACCUCCCUACUGGAAUCAACGCAGCCCAUCUAAGAACCAGUCUAAUGAGAAACCUGAACCAGGAACCAUUUCUUACACUGUUAAUGACAGUAAGAAAACAAUUACCUAUUAUUUGAAAGACUGCGAUCACAAGAGCAUCCCCAAAGUAGGCGACCAGGUCGAGUUUGACAUAGCUCAAGUUAAGCGCAACAAAGAGAUUGUGGCUAUUAAUGUUAAAGUUAGUCAAAGAGCAGCAGGUGGAGACCGUGGGGAUGGUGCAUUGCAUCAGGGCUACAUUGCAGCACUGAAGGAUGGUUUUGGCUUCAUUGAGAAUUUAGCUCAUGACAUGGAAGUUUUCUUCCACUUCAGUAACCUGGAUGGUGAUGGAAAUAAACUUGAACUUGGCAAUGAGGUGGAGUUUAUCCUGAACAUUAGAGGAACAUCUGGUACUUGCAUGUCUGCGGAAAAUGUGAAAGUUUUACCUAAGGGUACCCUCAAGAGCCCUACAAUUCUUCCUGAAGUUUUGGAUGGGAAAGUGGUUCGUCCACUUCGUUCAGUCAACCCAGAUCAAGAUCAAUAUGCAGGGCUGAUCCAGGCCAGCACAGAUACUGAGGGUGAAAAGGGAGCAGAAUAUGAGUUUGGCAUCACAAGUCUCACCAACAAGAGAGAGUUGUUACAAAUUGGUGAUCCUGUUCAUUUUCAAGUGGACAGCCAGGGAAGAGCUGCCAAUGUUGUUGCAAUAAGGAAGAAACGGCGAGCUACUGUAGAUUCAGUGAAAGGUCUAUUUGGCUUUUUGGCUUAUGAAGUUGAGGAAGGAAAGAAACUUUUCUUCCACAUGACAGAGGUAAAGGAUAAUGCAACCCUUCAAGCAGGAGACACAGUGGACUUUGUCCUCGUAACAAAGCACCGUACUGGGAAGUCUUCUGCCUGUAAUGUCACUAAAGUGUGUGAGAAUACGCAGAGGCCUGAGCGCCUGAUAAGCCGCCUUCGAACUACAUCUGUGGAUGAUACUGGCCCUAAACUUACAGUCUUAAGGCAGCCAAAGGGUCCUGAUGGCACAAAGGGAUUUAGCAUUGCCCGUGUUUCAAGGUUGCCAGGUGUAGGUGUUGAAUAAUCUGAGUGAGAAGUGCAGUCUUUCCCUGCCUACAUUCGUUUUUAACUUAGGUUUCCGGGUUUUAUGUAUGCUUCAGCCAAGCAUCAAAAUUUAAAAUAAUGAAGUAAACCAUACUUUUUUUAACUACAGUUCUUUGUCAGAAAAUGAAAAAUAAUGUCUGCUUUUAUGCAGGUCACACCCAACACCUUAGGAAUAUUAUUUUAAUGAGUACAAUUUAAUAAACUCCAAGCACUGUAAGUGGGGAAAAACCUCCACCAUGUUCACACUUAAGUGUCGAUGUGAGGUUUGAAGUACAUUUAAGUUGGCUCCCAAUUGUUCUGGCAUUUAUGCCCGACUGCCAUGCUAGUCCUCACCACUUGCUUACGUGAAGAGGUUUAGCUUCUUUAUUAUUAUUUGUAGUUGGGACUUCUGUUUUGAUCUAAUAAAGUAUGAAAUGAAAACUGAGUCUCAUGCAGGCUGUUAAGACCUUGUCAUUAGAAGCCGUUAAAAUGAAUUGAAUGUUGAAUUUUUUUUUAAAUAUUUUUUUUUCCAUCUGAGUGAGUAUGUUUGAAUGAUCCACAAGUACUAAAGCAGAGGCUCCUGUGUCGUUAGCCACCAACACUGACUGCAGCCAAUAUUCCAUCUUGUGCCUAGCUUGAGCUGAAAGACAGGAAUCAAUCUGCUCAACAUUAGCAUUGUAUAUGAAUGGGUGUGUGUGUGUUUGUGUGUGUGCAUGAGUGUAUGGUGUCUGUCAGCAUUAAGGUCAAGGUUGAUAAUUCUUUGACCUUCAUUCUGACGGUCGCAAUGAACCCUCUCCCUUUCUUUAAAUCACUCACUUGUACAUGAAUUGUGCAUAUUUGUAUUCUAAAUGAUGAGAUAAAUCAAUUAAUUGAGUAGGUGGAUUGUUAUUGCCUACAUUCGACCUUUACUUUCUUUAAUUGAAGAACAAGAAAGAUCAAGAGAGCUUCUGAUGACAGUUUCACAAUUUUGUAUAAAAUUGUUUAUUUCUCUUCAAUAUCCUUGCUCUUUCUUUGUUCUGCUCUGGACCAAAACUGCAGUAAAACCUGUUGGUCUGUAAGUUUUACUGUGUACAUUUAAGCCUGUAUUCAGUUGCCUGUAGCUUUGAUAUAGUAACAUACAAGUUGAUAUUGGAACACACUAUUUAAAGACAGCUGUGUGAUCAAAACCGCAGUUCAGUUAUAUAAUUAUACAUCCUUAUUUUUACAACCUAAGAUCAUGUGCCGACUACUGAGUGAACUACUAGUUGU